AUGAAAUUGGUAGAAAAACUCAAGGCCUCUGAUGGGCCCUUCUACACGUUCGAGUUCUUCCCCCCGAGAACGGAUCAGGGCUUCAACAACCUUCUGCUGCGCAUAUCCCGCCUCGCAGAGCUCAAGCCGCUCGCAAUCAACAUCACAUGGGGGGCGGGGGGCUCGACCAGGGAUCGGACCCUCGAGCUGGCGUCACUGACACAGCGAGAAUAUGGAAUCGACACCGUCAUGCACCUGACGUGCACCAACAUGGAGAAGGGGACGGUGGACGAUGCGCUCAGAGCUGCAAAGGAACUUGGUAUCCAAAACGUCAUGGCUCUCAGGGGAGAUCCUCCGAGAGGAGAGGAGUACUGGAUUCCUACUGACCCGCGAUUUAAACACGCAGUCGACCUGGUGUCUUAUAUCCGCUCGAGCCCCGAGUUCUCUGAUACGUUCUCGAUCGGGGUGGCAGGCUACCCUGAUGGCCACACUGACAAUGAAGGAACAGAGGAUGAUGAGAUCGAGCACCUGAAAGCGAAGGUCGACGCAGGCGCUGAUUAUAUUGUCACACAGCUCUUCUACGACGUGGAUAACUUUAUCCGCUGGAUCGCCAAGGUCCGACAGCGAGGUAUCACUGUCCCCAUUAUACCGGGGAUAAUGCCUCUCCAGACGUACUCUUCCUUCUUCCGUCUGACGAAGCUGUGCGGUAUUCACGUCCCCGACUCCAUGCAGGCUGAUCUCGAACCCAUCAAGCACGACGACCAAAAAGUGAAGGAUUAUGGUGUCUCGUUUGCCGUGAAUACCAUCCAUCGAUUGAUGGGCCGCGGCGGUAUCCGGGGCUUCCACCUGUGUACGCUCAAUCUGGAAAAGAACAUACAGAGAACCCUGGAAACUCUAGGCUGGGCUCCAGGGAGCUCGAAAUCGCAUAAUAGACUGAUCGCUGAGACCCCCGUCGUCCACUCAUCUACCGCCGAUUCGGAGUUCAUGGUCAGCCCUGCAAGCGCCACAAACAUCGCGGCCAACGGGCUGUCGUCGCACCACAGACCAGGCGAGGGCGACAUCGGAAAGGGAGAAGUGAACAACGCGGCCACCUGGGACGAGUUCCCCAACGGUCGUUUCGGCGACGUCAACAGCCCCGCGUUCGGGACCCAGGACCUGUGGGGCAACUUUAGCAGACUGCCCGUCGAAGUGUCCAAGCAGUGGGCGCGGCCGCAGGGCGCGGCGGACAUCACCGCGAUCUGCCUGCGCUUCUUAUCCUCCGAAACGGCGUCGUGGCCGUUCUCGCCGACCCCGCUCUCGCUCGAGUCGCAGCAUAUCCUGCCGCACCUGAAGCGCCUCGCGCGGGCGGGGUGGUGGCCCGUCGGCUCGCAGCCCGCCGUCGACGGACAGCGCUCCGACGACCCGGUCUUUGGGUGGGGCCCGGCGAACGGGUACGUGUUCCAGAAGGCGUUCGUGGAGUUCUUCGUCGGGAUCGACGCCGUCGAGAGGCUGGAGAAGCGGGUCAAGGCGCAGGGCAAGGGGUCCGUCGACUUGCUCGCGGCCAGCCACACGGGCGAGCUGCGCACGAACAUCGCCGAGGGGGAGCGGAACGCGGUGACGUGGGGGGUGUUCACCGGACAGGAGAUCGUGCAGUCGACGAUCAUCGAGCGGGAGUCGUUCAUGACCUGGAAGGACGAGGCGUUUUCGAUAUGGAACGACUGGGCGUCGCUCUUCGAGCCCGGCUCCGAGGAGCGCGCGCUGCUGGAGGACAUCCGGAACACGCGGUGGCUGGUGAACGUCACGCACCACGACUUCAAGGACCCGGACGCGCUGUGGCGGUUCCUGUUCGAGGACGCGCCGGAGGCGAGCGCGGGUCGAUGA